GAAUUACCUGACAAGUGAAACCUUCGUUGUUAAGUGAAAUCUUCCUGCAAACAAUGGGAGGAGUUGAAAGUGAUAAUUACCUUCGGGAUAUAAGAAUAACUGCACAAUCGAUAUGCAAGAGAAUUAUCGAGGAAUGCUCGGAAGGUGUCAUCACGCCGGGAUCUGUCAUUGAGUUUUCAACGUUUGUUAAGCACGAGCUAAAGGCAGAUUGGUUCCAAAAAGGAGAACAUAUCAAGCUGUACCGUAUCAUCUUUGGUACAGCGUUCACCAUUUUAAAAGAAUCAAUGAAAAAUGAGGAUGAAUUUAAUCGACAUGCCUUUGAUUUCUCUUUGCAGAUAAUCAACCAUAUUUUUGAAAAUUUAAAAUCUGAAGAUGUAGAACAAUUAUGUCUAUUUUUGUGGUCCAUCAAUAGUAGAUGUCUUAUAGUUGGUGAUACCAAAAUCAGUAAUGCGGUUGACUUGGAAAGAAUUGCAACAUUUGAGGCAAACUUUGUUCGAUUUAUGCUUUCCAAUGCAUCGAAUAGGAAAGAUUUGUUCUCUAAGGAACAUCAGGGAGAACUUGCAUUUAUGAUAACAUUUUUCAUGUCCAAGUUUUGUUCACAGAAAGUCGACGUCCUGAUCAGGCUUUCCUUGGGAAACACAUUAUUUGAACUUGUAAAACCGUGGGAUGAAUCGGUGAAAACAAUGACAUCGUUUCUUCCCGGGAUUUGUUGUCGUAUGACUAAACUUGCUUGUGCGGACCUGAAUACGGCAGUCGUAGAUAUGGCACUGAAGAUUUUUGGCUGUAUUGUGUCAACUUGCUUGAACGAUUCUGCUGUUCAGAAGCAGGGAAAAUUGGAAAAUCCAGCAACUGUUGGAAGCAAUCCAGGAAAUUCCGAAGCUGUUUUUAAGAAGAAAGUUGCUUAUAUUAAAGAUUGGGACGAGAAUUUGAAAUUUCUGCUGAGACGGAUGUGUUCUAGACUCGUCCGACAUCAGGAUCAUCGUGUUCGGUUUGCUUUGAUUGUUCUUUUGCAUGAUAUCUACAGACAUUGUGUUACAAGUCUUGCUUCCUCAAUUGAAAAUAUUCUGAUUGAUACUGUUCUACUGUUGUUGAGUGAUCCAUACGAAAAAAUUGCUGAAUUUUCGAAAGAGGUUAAAGAACAUUUGAUGCAUGCACUAAAAGAAAGUUUUAUCAAUCGUUUAAGGGAGCGGUUAUAUUCGUUGUCUACUACUAUACCUACGGAAGCCAUUGUUAGCGGCGAUGUUGAAGGGUGUUUAAAACAGUUACUGGGAGUACUGUUUUCAAUGAAUUCUGAUUGCGACGAUCUUUUAUUAGGUGCAAAAUUGCCUGAACAGUUAACGUUCGCACUAUCAUCUACACUUCGAUUGAAUGCUAAGCGAUUACGUUUGAGUCGUGAAGUCACCGACAAAAACGAUGUUUUAGACGUAAUAGACGAUUUGCCUCUUCUACACAAUGUCGAAAAGAAAACAGUCAGUCAGAUCGCUGUGCUGUUAGCUACAAGUAAACAGUCUUAUGCAAGUUAUUUUCUGGUUCUCUUAGAUUGUAUAUCUGCAAAUAUUGGUCAUACGAAGGAAUUGGAAAAGUUGACAGGCAGUUAUCAUUUUGCUGUAUAUUUAUUAAGAGCAGCUUGUGCACAAACUACUAAGCCAGUUCAAAAAUUUAUUGAUGCUUUACAAGUACUAGUCGAACAAGCUGUUAAACUGCUAGAAAUAACCGACAUACAUCAUCCACCACGAGAUGAUGUCAUUGAAGAUGAUAAUGAUGAGCAAGGUACUGGGAGUUGUCUGGUCACCAUUUUAUUAUCAUUUUGUGCUGCUGCUUUCACAUGUACUCCUUCUAUCUUUCUAUGCCAAAAGUUAAUGAAUGAAACUUUGUUCGAAAUAUUUAAGUGGACGAAAUCGUCGUACCUAAUUUGUGCAGAAAGUGCUGAACAAGCUUUAAAAGCUGCCGCUUUGGCAGUAGGAGAAGCUAACAUAUCCUCUCUUUGUGUUACUUACGGGAAAUAUCUCUUACCAAAGGUAGCAGUUCGUUCAAGAGCUUACAGUAGCAAUCUUCGCACACCUUGUGUAUUGUCCUCACUGCUCGAUCAUUGCAAGGAUCCUGAAUUGUUUGAGAUCACCAAUCACGUUGUUCAAGAACUUCUGCUCGCAGUUGACUUAGGAUCGCAAGAAUGGUUAAUUUUGAUUCUCAGGGCCAUGCUUAGUUUUGAAGUAGCUAUUGGGAAAUGGUUCUUUGAUGUCAGGCCUCAAGAAAUUGAGUAUAGUGGGGAUGAUCCAGAUAAGAAAGCUCCAAAGCCUAACUUUGUUGAAUCUGUAAACAAUGUUUUGAAGAGAACGAAACAUCUUCUCUUUUCUUCUCACGUACCAGUUCGCUUGUUAGUUUUGGAAAUCUUGGGUCUAUGUCUAAAAAAUUUGCAACAUUUCCCGGACGAUUAUCUGCCGAUGAUUCAUCAAAAUUGGUCAGCAGUUUUGGACUGUCUCGAAGAUAAAAACCUGAAUGUACGACUGGGUGGAUUUAAGAUUGUUGUAACGAUGUGUGAACUUUCUGGCAGUUUCUGUUAUCGUCGUUUUAUUCCUCAAGUAUGGCCAUCAGUUCGUAAAUUCAUGCUUAAGCAAAGUGCUAUAAGUUCUAAUGCCCAACGAGCUUAUUUUCAUUCAGCUGCUUAUAAAUUUCAACAAACUGUUUUGGAAAAAUUGGACACUGUUUUUUGUUCCAUCGAAGCGCGUAGUACAGAUUGGAGAAGUGCCAUAGAAAUGGCCAGAGCAUAUUGCGAUGUUUCACAGCCUGAAAUUUUACAAAAUACAUCAAAAAAUUUGCUUUCUGUGUGUGAAACGAAAUUAAAAGAAACCGAUGAUGAUGAGUCGGAAAAUGUGAUCAAUCGAGUUUUAGCACAAUGACUUGAUUGCACUUAUAUAUUAAUUAUUGUUUGCAUUGCACUUUUAUAUAUCUCUUUCGCUUAAUAUUCCUUUCUUCUCUGUAUUUAAUGCUGUUGUUUGGUGC